AUGCCUCGUCUCCUCCCUGAACCUUUGCAAGCGCUUCCGGAAUUUUCUUCCCUCUGCAUCUCAGGCCCCUACCCAGCAUCAUCCCCUAUUCACUUGUGUAUAUCUCAGGCCCGCCAUGGUGGUCGUGUGCUCCUAGUAACGAAGUCUAAGGAAUCCUUUCUUCGACAACUGGGCGCGUUCAAUGAUGCUUGGCUGAACGCGAAUAUCGGAUUAGGUCGAUAUGUCGAGAAAGUUUCAAACAUUGACAUCAUGUAA